AGGUCAAGAGGAUAUCGAAGCAACUUGUCAGGUCAUACAGGAGCGUCUAGAACAGCUCGAGGAUCCAGAGCCUCUGGCCGUCUUACCCAUCUACUCGCAGAUGCCGGCGGAUCUACAAGCCAAGAUCUUCUUACCCACCGCCGACGGGCGACGGAAGGUCGUUGUUGCCACAAAUAUCGCAGAAACCUCUCUUACUCUUGAUGGCAUUCUUCGGUAUGGACGCUUUGCAGAUCACGCCAAUCAGUCAAGCGAAUUGCUCCCAGCGUACUGGUCGUGCAGGUCGUACCGGGCCUGGAUUCUGUUACCGCCUGUACACCGAGACUGCUUAUCUGAAUGAGUUGUUCCCAAACAAUAUUCCAGAGAUUCAGCGAACCAACUUGGCCAACACGGUAUUGUUGCUCAAGACUCUAGGUGUGAAGAACCUGCUCGAGUUCGAUUUCAUGGAUCCACCACCUCAGGAGAAUAUCCUCAACUCUAUGUACCAGCUUUGGGUGCUCGGGGCACUUGACAAUAUCGGGGACCUCACACCGACCGGUUUGAAGAUGGCAAAUUUCCCUAUGGAGCCGUCGCUUGCGAAGAUGUUGAUCGUCGCGACAGAGUACAAAUGUUCCGCCGAAAUGCUCACUAUUGUGUCCAUGCUUUCCGUCCCUUCCGUCUUCUAUCGACCACUUCAACGAGCCGAGGAGAGCGAUGCGGCGAGGGAAAAGUUCUUCGUCCCUGAGAGUGAUCAUCUCACUCUCCUCCACGUAUACACACAGUGGAAGAGCAAUGGGUACAGCGAUCACUGGUGUAUGAAGCACUUCCUGCAUCCGAAGCUCAUGAGAAAGGCUCGAGAAGUCCGAGGUCAGCUGGAAGAGAUUAUGCAGACGCAAAAGAUGGCAAUUCUCUCUGUGGGAACGGAUUGGGAUAUCGUAAGGAAAUGUAUCACUGCUGGAUAUUUCCAUCAAGCUGCGCGAGUCAAGGGUAUCGGAGAGUACAUGAACGUCCGGACAGGAUUGCCUUGUGUUUUACACCCCACCAGCGCGUUGUAUGGGCUUGGUUAUAUGCCUGAUUAUGUCGUAUAUCACGAAUUGGUCUUGACAUCGAAGCAGUACAUGAUGUGUGUGACGUCUGUCGACCCGUAUUGGCUGGCCGAACUCGGAGGUGUCUUCUUCUCCAUCCGUGAACGAAACUUCGACGCAUUGGCUCGGGCGAAGGCAAACAGAGAUUUCAGCAAGAGAACAGAGCUUGAGGCAGACAUGGCGAAGCAGCGAGAGGAGAUCGAGCGGAGCAAAGCCGAAAAGAUUCGAUCCGAGGCGAUCACCAGGACACCAAGGAUCGGAGGUGUAGGUGGCGGGACGACGGCGAUGACUCCGCGUCGGGCUGGCAUUGGAGCUGGUGUCAGGUCAUCGGCCACGCCUCGUCGCCGUGGUGGGGGGAUCUAAUGGAACUAUCAGUCUGUAACAUGUAGCAUAUUUUAAGGGUAUCGCCAAAUGGGCUGCGGGCGUCGGUCUCUUUUCCAAAAAAAAAAGUCGGGUCGAUGACGAUCCGGGGUCG